AUGUUCGCCCAGAAGAAAGUUACGAUCAGUCGUCACAAGAUAGUGAUUCUAGACGAAGCAGAUUCCAUGACAUCUGCAGCCCAGGAAGCCCUCCGAAGAACUAUGGAAAUAUACUCCAAAACUACUCGGUUUGCGCUGGCGUGCAAUAGUUCUGAUAAAAUUAUAGAACCCAUACAGUCGAGAUGUACAAUGCUCAGAUACUCGAGAAUAACAGACGCUCAAGUGCUGAGGAGGUUGCUGGAUAUCUGUGAAGCUGAGAGUGUGGUUAAGACAGAUGACGGUUUAGAAGCAGUAAUCUUCACCGCUCAGGGUGACAUGAGACAGGCCAUAAAUAACCUACAGUCCACACAUCAGGGUUACGGGAUAGUUAACAGUGCAAAUGUUUUCAAAGUUUGUGACGAACCUCAUCCCCUUCUUGUAAAAAAUAUGAUCAAACACUGCACUUCGGAAGAUAUCGACGAGGCCUAUAAGAUACUCCACUCUUUGUGGAUGCUGGGUUAUUCUCCUGAAGAUCUAGAUAUUAUUAAUAACGUUAGAAAGGUGUGCCAGACAUUUGACAUGCCGGAGUACAAGAAGCUGCUCUUCCUCAAGGAAAUAGGUUACACUCACCUCCGGAUAACACAAGGAGUCAACUCCCUCCUCCAACUCUGA